AUGGUCAUCCGCCUGAAGUGGGGCCAGACCGAGUACAAGGGCAUGCUGGAGAGCAUCGACUCGUACAUGAACGUGCUGCUGCGCGACACGGAGGAGUUCAUCGAUGGCAAGAACACGGGCACUCUGGGCCUGGUAUUGAUCCGGUGCAACAAUAUCCUCUGGAUGGGCUCGGCUGAGAACGUGGAGAUGACGGAUCUCGGGUUAAAAUAA